AUAAAAUCGAUAAGAGACGGACUAUCCAGCGGGUCCAGUGAGUGGGGGACCAGCCAGCAACAGAUUGAAAACAUGCAGCCACUAUACCGCUUCGCCCAACUAACUCUCUUCGCUAUUUUCGCCAUUCUUCCUUCGUUGUAUCUCCUUUCCUUGGUCAUCAACGGUAUAGUAGUGUGGGAUAAACACAAGUACGGGAACUUGGGUCACCAGCCAUCAAUCGAAUUACCGAUAGGAAAUCUCCUCCUUGCUAGACCUCUUAGGUCAACAAACAAUUAUUUUUCAGCUUUUGCUGCGGUCGGAUUCGCUUGUAGACCUGACGAGAUGGUCAGAGGUUGCCGUAUCCACGAAGGGCACUGUAUUUGCGGUCUUGGCUGCAGUUCAGACUUCAAAUACCCGACCAGAGAAGACUGCAGACAAGCUCUGAAAGGAAAAACCAGAGACGUAUGCUCAGGAAAUCCUUGCGCUAACAGUGGCGCAUGCACCCAGAUCACUUCUUACGGCAUGAAAUUCAGGUGUCGCUGUGAAGGGACAGGAUUCUAUGGACCAAGAUGCCAGUACGGUAGCAGUUACCAUCCUGGAUCAUCCUCUCACGCUAGCUUCCAAGAGGUUGGUGCACCGCUCCACUUUUCUCCGUCACGGUAA